UCCUUAAAUGCGUUCCUCUUUCACUCUUUCUUUCACUCCUUCCAUGGCUGCUUCUCUCCUUCUCUCUCUCUUCCUUAUCUUUUCAGUCAUUUCGUCGAACAGAUGCUGCGCGUUGCAACACCCAAUUUCCUAUGCCAACUUCACCAUCGUCAAUGUCUUCCCUCACGAUCCACAAGCCUUCACCCAGGGCCUUCUUUAUUAUGGAAAUAACACCUUAUUUGAGUCAACUGGACUUUAUGGACAGUCAUCUGUUCGUAAAGUUGCUCUUCUUACUGUGAAGGUUGAAAAUAUUCAUAAGAUGGAUGAAUCCUUAUUUGGGGAAGGUUUAACUCUCCUCAACAACAGGUUGUAUCAAGUAACUUGGUUGCGGAGAGAUGGUCUCAUAUAUAGCCCUCAAAAUUUAAACCAAAUUGGAAGAUUUGAUCAUGAUAUGAAUGAUGGUUGGGGUCUGGCAACUGAUGGAAAAGUGAUUUUUGGAAGUGAUGGGAGUUCAACGUUGUAUCAACUUAAUCCUCAAACAUUUAAAGCUGAAUCAAAACAUGUUAUCUACUAUAAGGGUCAUCAAGUAUACAAUCUCAAUGAAUUGGAAUACAUAAAUGGUGAAGUUUGGGCAAAUGUUUUACCGACCGAUUGCAUCGUGAGAAUAUCUCCCAAUGAUGGCAGCAUUCUUGGAUGGAUUCUCCUCCAAAAUUUAAAGAAGGAACUUGUAGAUGCUGGAGAGAUCAAUGAGGGUGAUAUUUUGAAUGGGAUAGCAUGGGAUGAUGAGCAGAAGCGUAUAUUUGUGACCGGAAAAUUGUGGCCAAAGCUGUACGAGAUAAAGGUUAGUCCUAUAAAGACACCAAUUGAUGAAGGAACCAUUGAGCAACUUUGUUUGCCUGACCCUUAUAUUCCACCACAAGGACCUCAAAAUCAAUAACAAAAUAUGUGCUUAAGUCAAAUCACUUGGUUCAGGACCUUUUUUAAUCUUAAUAUUGGGUUUAGAAUAAUGUAAGAACCAAGAUAUUUUGACAUUCAAUAAAUUUGUACGUUUAUCUUUUAUUUA